CAUGACAGACGAGUCCCGGUCAACGGCUCGAUCGUCGCGCAGAGUCGCGAAAUCUGUUCCUAAACCUCCCGCGCCGGACUCACACGCACCCACGCCGCUAUCCACCAGCACCAACACCACGGCGCCCAGACGCCCGCCCAAGGGCAAAACGCAAAGGACGCUUGAAGAGACGCUGGCGCAGCCCUCCUCCAACACGGUCGCGCAGGUCCUGAUCACCACGCGCAACAAUGCUCGCAAGCGACCUCAGCCCUCCCUCGACGCGCCGACCGAGCGAUCGAAACCGCCUACCAAGGUCUCCCUAAUCCAGCCUCAUGCGAAACUCCUACAGACUACAAACGGCGUACAGACCGUCCUCCCGCUACGCGACGACGAUGUACACUCUGGCCGCUCCACGCCGCAGACCAAUGGCGAGGGCAGCCUGCUCGCGGUGCCCUCGACGUCACGCGGUGGGCAGGAGAAGCGCACGCUGAGGUCGCAGGACGGUGGAUCGCGUCUGAAGAGCGACCUCAGCAUCUACUUCCCCAAUUACGACGAUAUCAUUGCGGACGCGCCCAAGCAGCCUGAAUUCCUCGAGCCAGACACCCUCAUCUACAUCGUCGACGAAGCCCUCAAAACACCCAAAACGCGCAAUGCUAGCUCGACACCAGCUCUCAGGGCCUCAAUCAGCCCGACGAGAGCGCGAAAGAAGUCGGUUACCUCGCUUCCGAAUGGUGUCGUCCUCGCGUCCUCGAGUAAACAACCGCCCAACCGCACCUCCACCCUCUACCAAGUCGUCGACUACACCGCCAGCGACCGCCAUGCGCCUAAGAAGCCUACCACAGACCCCCUCGCCGAUGCACACUUCUUCACUGCCCACCGCCGCGCCGAGCGCAAGGAGAAACAGCUCCGCAACAUCGAGAAGGAGCGCGCAAUGCACGAGAAAGUCCAGCUCGAAAGGCUCCUCGACGGCCUCCAAGGCCCAGACUGGCUAAAAGUAAUGGGCAUAACCGGAGUCACCGACGGCGAGCGGAAAGACUGGGAACCAAAGCGCGACUACUUCGUAGCAGAAGUGAAAGCGCUGGUCGAUAAAUUCCGCAUCUGGAAAGAGGAGGAGAAGCGGUUGAAAUCUGAGCGCGAAGCCGCCCUUCUCGCGAGAGAAGAAGAGGAGGAAGCGAACAGCAACGAGGACGGUGAAAGCCCGGCUGAAAGCGGGACAGUCCCUAAUCCUACGGAUGUUGACGCAUGGGCUGCGCUUCAGCUCCAAACUGAGGCUGCGGCUACGGCGUCUUCGUCACAUCCGCCUCCAAAACGGAAUCGAAGACCAGCACAUCAGAAUUCUUCUAUCCUACUACCACCACCACCUCUUGAACCGCCAAAGCCCUUUACGAGCUUUUACGCGAAGCCGCAUCUGCGGGAGGCGGCUUUAGGGAAGAGUCGCCACGGGCGGAACGUGACAGCGUUUGGACAGCCGUUGCCGGAACCGCAGGAAGAGGAGUUUGCGCUACCGCCGGAGUAUCUGACGGAAGAGGCGUUGAGAGCACAUGCGCGGAAGCGGAGGCGGGUGCGUAGGGAUAGAGACAGCAUAGGUGGAACCGCCAGUACCCCGGUGGGGAAGGGGAAAGAGAAGGCAACAGAUGGUAAGGGCGGCGGAUAGGGUGGUGGGUGUCUAUGUCAUCACUCCGGAGUACGGUGUUUGGGAUCUAGCUCGGGCUGGCUGAUGCCUGGUUUGUUUGAGGGGAUAUCCCACGGCGUAUGGGUGUUUAUGUAUAGGGUGCGUGGAUGGAGCGACACUAGCCUCCUCCUUCCUCCAGGAGGCACAGUGCGUGCGCUGCUCACAGGGGUUUGGAUCCGGCGUUUGGGAUGGUUGUGCUGUAUUAUAAGUACUAGCCGGAAUACUAAAGACAUUGCCCGGCCUAGGCGAUAUGAAGUAGCUAGCACGUCUUUCGUCGUUUGUUCUCUCG